UCCAAAUAACUUAUUUUUCCCGCCAUUUUGUCCUGAUUCUUUGUGUGCCGUUUAUUAUUGUGUGAGAAUAAACUGCCACCAUUUUAAGCAAAAGCUGGAAUGAUGGAUGCCGGAGUGUUUGAAGAUGAGGUCGUAUCAAUGGUGGACGUUUUACACGAAGAUAACGAGCUCGAAGAGGAAGCGAGAGCCGUGCUUGGAGACAGCGACGACCAACACUGUACAUAUCCUGCUGUAAGACCCACAUAUUUAAAUUUUGUAUGAUAACCUGACUGACUUGAGUUGUGAUAUAAAACUUUGCUGAAAUGUGCAGUUAUGACCAUAAAUGUUAAUAAUGCCACCGUAACUAAUUUGUGGUGCUAUCACCAGGAGGUAUUAAUAAAAGGUGUUUAAAACUCUAGUCUCCGUCAUCGGAAAAAUGAAAUAAACCUUUCCCACAAUUCCUGAAAACAAAGGCACCAGCUCGAGGCUCCGGUGGACAAAGUACAGUGAUUUGUAUGAAAUUGUUCACCUGAGCCUCGUCCUCAUUUCUUUAUGUUUGCUCACAGAAGUAUAAGGUCUAUUGGCUAAAAUUAUUAGCAAUUUUAAAAUUAAAGCGAAAAGUGAAAAGUGUAUUCUUUAGAAGCUUAUAACGUCGAACUAGAGAAUUCCAAGUCACUGCAGAGUACAUAUUGCAUUCCUGGUUUGGGGAUUGAUCACUGGUUGAUGGGUGGAGAUAGGGAUUAUUCCCUAUACAUACAUACAUACAUACAUACAUUUAUUGUUGAUCCCUAAAAGGGCUUUUCAGCAUCAAUAUUACAAGUAGAAAAGAAUAUUAAUAAUCUUUAACUUACAUAAAUAUAAUGAAAGUAUAAUAAUUCAUAUAUUAACAUGAUUUGCUUAAAUAUUCUCUAAAAAUACACUGUUUUAAAGUGUCUAAAAUAGUUAACGUCCUCAGGUGCUUGCUUAAUCCACCCCAGAUUUUAACCCCGAGGCAAAACGACGCUGACGGGGAAUAUUAAGGUUGUUUACAGAUCGUGUUACCCCAGUACUUACUAAUGAUCUCAUUUGAGACUAGUCACAUAAAUACUUAGGAACAAGGUUAUUAAUACCCUAUAUCCUGGUGAUUGGCUGUACAGGUAUGUGCUGCCCCAAAGCAGGGCUGUCAUUAACAAGCACGGUUUGGGGCUUUCCUCUGGCUUCUGUGAAUGUGACCCCCCGCUACUGUUAAAGGGAAAUAGCGAAAAUGUCUUGAAUAACCUUUGAACAUGUGAGGAAAAAUCACACAUUUGUGUAUCCUUUGCCAACCUAUACCUGUAGCUAGAUGAAGUGUGUGUCCGUCCUUGAUUUGAAUAGUCUUCAGCCACAUUGUUGGUUUGUUGCGUAAUUGUAGGGUUAUGUGAAUCGACAAGCCCUGUACGCAUGUGGUUCCUGUUCACCGUCAGAUGCAGAACCUGCAGGAAUCUGUUUAGCUUGUACGCUGACCUGUCAUGAAGGACACACCCUUUUCGAGCUUUACACUAAGAGGUACUAAUGCAGAAGUUACCGGUAAAUGCUUAAACCUUCCUCUUCACAUUGUUUUAGGACUGUGGGUAGGGAAAAGAGAAGUGGCUAGGUAAGGGGAAGAUGAUGUCACAACCACAUUCGUAAUUUACUGUUUGGAUUGAGUAUCAUUUUCUAAACUGACAUUUACCGGUAACCAGGACACACCCACUAGAAAAGGGCAUCUGCUCCACCUCAUACAACUAGUAAUAGUUGACACUACAGCUGUUCCUGCUCUGUAUAUUGUUGGUCAAUAGUAUUCUUGGUCAUUGUGUUGCUCUUCGUAAUAUGCAGAUUCAUAUAUGAAGAUUUUCACACAUGUUCCAUACAACAGGUGAGAUUAAAACAGGAAACGCAAGGUUCCAUGCGCUGAUUCAGUUCGAUUUACACAGCUUUGAUCAAAACAUCCUCAGUUUCAAGAAAAGCUUAUUCUAAACCACAAGAGAAGAUUUAAUUAGAAGUUGGACUUUUUUUGCUAUUUCUCUUUCACUUUUUACAUACACUAGUUCAUUUUAUUUGGCAGAAACUAAGCCGUAGAAAUUCAAAAGUUUGAUCAAUUCAUGCUUGCGCGUUAUAGUCUUUUAGAAGGACAUCUGUUUGCAGGGAAUAAGUCAGCACAGAAUUUAAUUGUUGGCAAAUUUCUGCAAUUGUCCAUCGUUAUUGGUAGUGAUAAGCUAGCCGCUGAUUCGCUCGUCUUGCUUGUUUGUUGACUAAGUGUUAUUCCCCCAAAGAGAGGGAAAGAGUACCUGGCAAAUUGUUUCCAAUCAAAGAUUUGUGAACUUCUGUCUGGCAAACUCUUCAAGUGUUUAUAGGUAUAUGCACCUUAUAACUUCAUCUGGACGUAACGAGUGUCUUCUGAUCUAUAACUUUCAAAACAGCUGCUCCACGGAAUGUCACUGAUAAGAUGUAAUGCAAAAGAGUAUCAAAGUAUGACUGUACAAUAAAUGUCACAAAAUCUACCUAAGUGGUCCCUUCAGGAUUUUCUGUUUUAUGUCAUCCUAACCAUCUCUUACUUGUGGGCACAAACAAUAGAAACGUCAUCAUUACCCAACAAGUCCAUGCAGCCCCUGUUCAAGCUAAUCAAGAUUUUUUUGGUAUAUUGACUGUAUAAUUAUUUCAGCUGUAAGUAUUUACUAGAGUGCCUUCUUGGGAUUUCGCGUUCUGGGCUAAAUCCCUGCUGGGGUAAAUAAUAAAGGCACCUUUUGAGGAAAUUCUUGGUAAAAAGAGGACAAAGGUGUUGCUUCCCAUAUUUUUUUUUUUAUGUCUUUUUUUCAGAAAUUUUCGCUGUGAUUGUGGAAACAAGAAAUUUCCAGAAUUCAAGUGCAAGUUAUAUUCUGUAGGUUGCCUUUUGUCAAACAUCAGGACAGCUUUCUAAUAACACUUGAUAGUAGUAUGGUGUUAUUUUUAUAUCGCAGUAGUUUAGAAAGUAGUUGUUUUCGUACAUUAGCUAUACUUUGACGCUGAUUUAUAAUGUAUUAGGUAAGAAAGUGAUGACAACUGUCAUGUCCAGCGUGCAAAGAAAUUCGUGUCCGAUAGCCUAGGGCUAGUGGAUUUUGCUAUCGGGCUAGUGUUUUUUGUUCUUAACUUGCCCGAUUGGCAAGUGCUGUUGUUUGGGGAAAUUCAAAUUACAGAAGGAUUGUUAUGAAUCCUGCUAAUCAAAAAGGGUUUUGGGGCUAGUUAAGAUGACUUGUGGGCUAGUACAUGCUAUCUGCAGCUUGCCCGAAUAGCAUGCUGUAAAACUGACUUUCUUUGCACCCUGAUGUGCAAAUGAAUGAACUCAAGAAUUAUUUAUGUCAUUUAAGUCAAAAGACCCAGAGAAUACCCAGAACAAAUACAAUCAGAAUUUCCAAGGAAUUUAUUGCACUUGCCACAGACCAUAUCCUGAUCUGGAAGAUGAGGUACUGUUAAGAUUGUUGGUCAUGUACAUGAGUUUCAUGACUAUGACGUAGUUAUUAAUUUAGCUACAUUUUUGUUUAAUUUUCCCAAAUGAGUAUUUUGAUUGAAGCUUAAUUGUAUCAUCCCUGGUAAGAAGUUGUUUAAAAUAUUACAGCAAAGCCUGUUUCUGCUAGUAUUGGUUGACCAUUCAACAGGAAAUUCAGUGAUAAAAGUUGAAAAUGCCCUGUAUAUAGAUCUUUGGCUUUAAAUGUACCAUGGGAUGUUGCUAUGGCCAAAAUUGAUGCUUGAACAGAAGAAUUGUUGUUUAAACUAUGUUGAUACUGUCAGUGGUUACUGGGAAGCUCACAAAACCAUGGAAACCCGAAAUAAUAAUUAUUGUUUGGAAUGAAUGGAAUGAAAAAGCCAUUAGGUAUGUGAAAUAUUAUACUAAACUGCAAUCAUCAAUGAUAACUAGUUUGUGGUUUAAUGUGGGUUGCUGGCAUGUCCUGAUCAUUUUUAAGAUUGCUCCCAAUACAAUAAACAUCCCUGAAUUAUUUCAGGUGUUCAUGGGCUUCUGACUGAAAUAGCACUGUUUCAUACCUAAAGCUGGAAAUCCUUUGGGUGAUUGAAGAAAUGCCUGAAACAAAAACCCUAAGUUACUUCCAUUACAUUACUUGAUUCUCGAUUCUUCUUCAAUUCAUUCUGUAUAUGUGCUUGUGUAUCAAAGGAAGAAUUUGAUUCAAGAUCAGGAUACACAGGGGCUAUUAUUAUUAUUCACAUCCUUCAGUUGUAUUUAAAAGACUUUAUUAUUCAUUGCAAAUAUUUCUUCCUUUUCAUUGGCUGAGAGCUCACCGCAUGACCUAAAAAUAAGUGCUUACAAAUAAUGGUCUGCUCAUGUGCACUGUCAUCCAACUUUGUUUGGCUGCAAAUAAUAUUCUGCUCAUGCCUAAAUGAUACCAUGCUUUUCUCCUUGUUGCAAUCACUCUUAGUGAAAAUAGCAGAUUUCUUCUCUUCCUGAAGAUAUUCCUUAAAAAAACAAACUCGCCACUGACAAAUCACGAUAUUUUGCGAUAACCGAGUUGAAUAAUUGUUAAAUAUUUAUGGUAGAUAUUUUUAAUUAAGUUCUUGUUUGUGUAUGAUUUUCUAGAUUGAAGAUGAAAUGAUCCAGUGUGUUAUCUGUGAGGACUGGUACCAUUCAAGGGUAAAUAGUUUCUUUAUUGUUGUACAAUCUUAUCCAAAAUACCACUCUUUAAUAUUAAUAAUAUAUUGAGUCCCGUCAGGCUUUAACUUGUGGAUUUGAGAAUUGGUAGAUGGUCUCGUGCAUCAAUCAGCUCAAAUCAUAACAGCCAACCUUCGGUUACACAGAGCUAUAUAUUUUUUUGUACUGGAGUCAUUUGCAUUACUCGAGAAGAGUUGAUGUGAGUCAUUCUAUUACUAACUUAUGUCACAAGGUACUUAUAAUAAUAAUAAUAAUAAUAAUAAUAAUCAAAAUCAUAAUAACAAUAGUAAGUAGUGAGAUCAAUAGUCUUAGCCGGUAUGUUGAGAGUGCUAACAGCCCCCUGUUGGAGGUAGUGUACAAGGAAGAGGUUCUGAGAUGUUAUGCUAAAAGUUGCGAAGCCGCGUCAUUACAGCAAGAAAGAAAAGAACGCUUUCAGGAGAAACAACUUUGUUUUGUUUGGAGGAACACAACAGAGGUAAGAGAUAAAAACUUAAAAGACUUGGGAGUGAAUGAAAAAGGGCAGAGUAAAGAAGGUCAUACAGAGGGUAUGAUUAUGACGGCACAAGACCAAGCCUUAAGAACUAAUAGUAUGAAGAGGAUAAUUUGCAGAGAAAGUGAUGAGACAAUUAGCCAUAUUGUAUCAGAAUGCAACAAGCUUGGUCAAAAGUGAUGUCAAUGUUGGAGGCAUGACAAGGUGAUGCAGGUGAUUCACUGGGACCUCAGUAUUACAACCAUGAGCCACAAUCAGUGUAUGAAUCCACUAACAACAAGCUGCUGUGGGACUUCAAAAUACAGACUGACAACAACAUUGAACACAACAAGCCUGACAUUGUGGUAUUGGAUAAGAUAGAAUGUAAGUGCCUGAUUAUUGAUAUUCCUUGUCUGUUUAACACCUUGGUGAAAGAUAAAGAGAAAAUUGAGAACUUCCAAGACCUGAAGUGGGAAUUGAAAUGGAUCUGGAAAUUGCGCAGAGUAACUCUGGUGCCAAUCAUAAUUGGUGCAUUAAGAACUGUCUUCAAAGACAAAGAGAAGUGAUUAGCAUCAGAGAUUGGUGUCACUGAUCAUUUAGAAUCAUUGCAUAAAGCAUGCUUACUGGGUACAUCCAGAAUCCUUUGCAAAGUCUUAGACACCUACCACCACCACCUGGUGACUUGAUGUUUAAGGAAGACUCUGGCAAGCCAUCCAGAAGCUGUGUUUAAUGAGAAUAAUAACAACAAGAAUAAUAAUAAUAAUAAUAAUUGUUGAUCAAGGCUUGGUGCUGAAUAAACAAAAAUUCAGAGACUCUCUGUGUUUAAGGUAUAAUAUGCCCCCGUCUGACUUACCAAGCAAGUGUGUUUGUGGUGAGAAGUAUACCGUCUGCCAUACCCUGUCAUGCAAAAAGGGAGGGUUCGUGGCGCAGAGACACGAUGGUGUUCGCAACCUACUUACCUCACUUAUUGGUAAGGUUUGCACCAACGUUGAAGUCGAACCACAACUACAACAAGAGCGGUAACAAGCCCGCAGGCAAGACUGGACUUCAAGGCAGGGGGCUUUUGGUAUCUUGGAGUUACAGCAUUUUUUGAUGUCAGAGUAACGCAUGUUAACUCCAAGUGUAACCAGAGAAAAACAACAACCACAAUCUGUAAGGAGCAGGAGGAGGAGAAAAAGCGGAAGUACCAACAGAGGGUCCUGGACGUUGAAAUGGGAUCUUUCACUUCCGUAGUUUUUGGAACCAAGGGUGGGAUGGGAGCCGACUGCAACUGCUUUCUCAAACGCCUAGCCGAGAAGCUCUCAGAAAAGAAUGAGGAACCUUAUCACAUUGCUAUUACUUGGAUUAGAACAUUGCUUUCUUUUGAGAUUUUAAGGUUGGUACACUUGUGUAAGAGGUUCCAGGACACCCUUCCACAAAUUUCCACAAGGGGAUUUCAUUGAUGACUGCCACUUAAACGCUAUUAGUAUUUUAGGAUCUUCUUAAUCUUUUUAUUUCAUUUUUAAUCAAGAUGAAUUGUUUUUAAUAGAAAUGAGUUUUUUGUUUUCUUUUUUUUUUAACUGAAAUGAAUUUUUUUUUAAUCGAAAUGAACAGGAGCUUAUGAAAUGAAAUGACUUGUAAAUAGUGCUUUGACUGAAAUUUUUUUUCUUCUUCAGCGAAAUUAAUUAUUAAUUUCGCUGAAGAAGAAAAAAAAAUAGGUUUUAAUAGUUAGUUUUGUUAUCAACAAUGGUAAUAAUAAUAAUAAUAAUAAUAAUGAUGAGUUAACAGUGUAGUGGAGUGUCAUAAUUAUUCUUUUCAAUUAUUUUCCUUUAGCACCUGGGAAGUCUUCCUCCACCUGAUGGCGACUUUCAAGAGAUGAUUUGUGAUGACUGCAUGAGUAGGUGUAGCUUUCUUCAAGGGUACCUCCCUCUGUCAGGUAAAGUGGCUUGGCCUUCUGAAAAUGUUUUUUUGGCUGUAACUCUUUUAGCCAUGUUAUGCAAGCUUAUGUGGGAAGUGGGCAGGUGUAUACAAUCAUGUUCACAUUCUGCCGGUUUUAAUUGAUUUGCAAUGGUUGCCUGUUUUAUUGUUAACAUACAAGACAAUGCAUGGUGUAGCACCUUCUUAUUAGAUUGAUGUCCUCAAAUUCUAUGACCUCGUGAUGUGUUUACGCUCUAAGUUCAAAAGCUUAUUGUCCACCCUGAAAAAUAAACUGGAGGGCUGUGGAUGAAGAGCCCUUUGUGUUGCUGCCUCCAUAAUUUGUGGAAUUCUCUACUGGAUCACUUAAGACAAGCAAAAUUGAUAGGCAAUUUUAAAUCUCUUUUAAAACUCCUCUUUUUAAGCAAGCUUUCUAUGCAUGAAUUUUAUAUACAAAUUUAUCUAUAUUUUUUAACUUUUUGUUUAAUUUUUAUGAUUUUAUAUGUUUAUUAUUUUUAUCUUUUGGGUUUUUAAAUGGUUUUUUGUAUAAAAGCACCAUUGAACUUAUGGAUUUUGGCACUUUAUAUUAAAUCAUUUGAUAUUGAUAUUAUUGUUAUAAUCCCAUUGCAUUUUGAUUUUCUGAAUCAUUCUGGCUAAACAGAUGGCAGUCUGUGGUCUCUUUCUUAACCAAAGUAACACAGGAAGCCACAAAAAUCAAGAACAAAAAUAUACAUGUAUUUUUAACAUUAAGCUUGAAUAAAGGCCUUUGUAUUGAGGCCUUUGUAUCAAUACCUCUUUAAUACAGUCAAACCUCCACUAGCGGCCACCUCUUCACAUGUGGCCACCGCCACCUAUCUACAAAUGGCCAUUUUAUUUUGUUUCGACAGACAGUCCAUACUCUUACAACAGCCACCCAACGGCAAGGGCCACUAAAGCGUGUCCCCAACUGCCAAAAUAACCUUUCGACAAUGGCCAGGUUUUUCAGCAACUGAUGAAAAAGUCAGCAAUCAAGUCAUGAAAUAUUCCUUAUGGCACGUUGAUGAUUAAUCGCAGCAAUCAUAGUUUGACUUUGUUUCAUUUACUGCUGCAGUAAAUAUAAAUUGCCUACAAUGCCCAUAGCAGAUGUUGCAAAACUUGCUACUUUUGUCAUGUUAACAUUUUUAAAAAUAAUUAAACCUUUUUGUGUAUAAUAUAUAUUAUUUAUGAGUGGGUUACCUUUUAGUAUGGGAUAUAGUAAGCAUGAGCUGGCACAAUAAAGAUGUUGUAAUGUGUAAUGUGGCCUUACCUGCCCAUAGCGGCCACUUUCUUCUGUCCUCAAGGUGGCUGUUGUGGAGAGGUUCGACUGUAUUUGUCUUUCAUAUUGGCAUUCUAAAUCCCCAUGAACUGAAUGGAUGCUUUUGUGGAACUAAUUUUGAUGUUGUUUUUCGUGUUUCCAUGUUCCCAUCAAUAGCUCAGCCCCACUCUUCUACUCAAACUACACAUAAACCAAAAUUCCUUGAUUCUUUCUGUUAAGGGUUAGCACUCAAAAGGCCAGCUUUCUGUUAUAUUAUGGCGUUCACUUUUUUUCAAUAUUAUUGAUAAAACAAUAUUUUUGUGUUUUGGUCCCCUACCAACAUAGCAUAACAGUAACUGUUAUAAACCCUUUAUUAAAAUGUGGUAUACAUAUACUAAUAUAUUCAUACAAGUAUAAAUUCUAAUAUUAAAAAAAUGAUUAAGUUGUUUGUUCCCAUUGUGUUGUAGUGAAUGUUUGUUGUUGAUUUGUUUAAUAGUGUUUGCCUUUCUGAUUUAUCUGGACAGAGUUUGCAGGCAAGUUGAAAUAUUACUCUCAAUGUAAUCAAAGUGCAUGUUUUUUUCCCUUUAUUGUUGCAACAGUCCCAUCCCAGCAAACUUCAAUUGCCUCAAGUCAGCAAGUCAUCAAGUCAGAGACAGAGGCAAAACCUAAAGUUCAACUGCAACCCGGCAACAAGUCAGGAGAAGGAAACAAAGCUGAAACCAACAGUGACAACGCCACUCAUGAAGCUGAAAAAAGUCAACAGGAGACGAGUGACUUGGCAACGCAGCAGGUACAGGCAGCAAUCAAUAUAGAGUCUUGCCCAUGUGACCUCCAAGAGAUGUAAAAAUCUGGUUAUAUCAACAAAGUAGGAAAAGAUAAGGUUUCAUUGCAUAAUCAAAUAUCUUUUCCAAUAUGAAGAGGUUCUUGUUUAAAUCUUGAAGCCAAGUUCAUGUUUAGUUUUUUGUACCUCGUUUAGCGAGAUUCCAGUGGAAGUGAGCCCUGUGUUUCCCAGACACCUGAUUCUUUGGAUCAAAUCAGAAAAGAAGAAGCUACAUCUGAACCUACCCACAAUGGGGUGAAAUCAGAAACCCAAACUGUUAAAGACUGUAAGGUUGCUCAACUGCAAGAUGCUGUGACUUCCAUUGAGAGUAGAGCAACUUAUUGGCAUGUAGGGUGGAGAUCAAACCUUUGCAAAUGUGAUAAAUGCAUGGUAAGCGUGAUAUUCUGAUUUGUUCUUCCCGCCUUAGAGAAACAACACAACAUGUGGCUUUAUUUCUAUCCAAUAGAUGACAGCUAUUAACAUUUAUAACUGAUUAAAUAAUCUCAGGGUGCUGUUGCCGCCAUGCAUUAUUCAUUUAAUGACAAUUUGUUUUGUUUUUAUGUGAUAGUCAUUAUACAAGUCACUGGAUGUGCUGUACCUCACUGAUGAAUCAGACACUAUGAUAGCAUAUGAAGAGAGAGGAAGACAAAAGAGACCGAGUGUUUCGUCAUAUGAGAGUGGAAUGAAUGCCCUUCAGAACAUGGGUCGCAUUCCCCAAGUGGAGGUUCUACAUGGUAAUUAAACUGCAGUAGUUUCAUAUAAUUUUAUACCCUUCUAUGAAUGUAUUACUGUUGGUGCAUGUUAAUGAUACAUAUCUUUACUGACCUAACCACACAUUUGGCGUUAUUCCAACAGAAUUUUAUUUCUAUGUCUGCGUUAACUUAUGCCCAUUUAGAAAUUUUCGAAACCUAAAAUUGGAUGACUUUGUCAGUUGCUGUAUGCUAAAUUUAGGCUACAAAACGUGAAAGGCAUUUGCUCAGCACUGUGCUAAACUCAGUGAUGGUUUGUCCAACGUAAGUUUUUUGUGAACUAGUUUUAAGUUUUCAUUGACUUAUCUUGUGACUCCUUUCGUCAACAUCUUCUGUUAAUUUGCAUUGUGCUCUUAAGUGGACACGAAACAGUAACUGAAGUUUGUUUCUCUUAUGUAUUCAAGGAUUAUUUUUAGUGCAUUAUUAUUGACACCAGUUGCCUCGGUGGGUGAACAAAAACCUGAUCUUGACCAGUGAAAAAAAAAACUGUUGUCUUGUCCCAUACAGUGAUUUUUAACUCGAUCUUGCUGAUUCUCACUGUUAUUUUGCAGAAUAUAAUGACAUGAAAAGUGAACUGACGGAGUUCCUAAGAGAUUUUGCAGCUCAAGGAAAGGUCAGUGAAGUCACUGAAAAUAAGUUAGUAUUCUUAGUUAAAAAUGCUUGCCGGGUCCCCUUGAUUGUGAAACAUUUUUUACAACAUCGUCUUGGGCAAGAAAAUAAUGAAGCAAGUUUCAAACAUUAUCGUGUUUACACCGUAAAUAGUUCUGUGAAUGCCCGAAACCGACGAUCCUUGUAGCACUUAUAACGUCAUUAGCUUCAAUGUAAAAGGGGACUCUCCGAUUCACAACUUGUCUGCAGAAAGAAGUCUUCCCAACAAGCUCAACUUUGAGACAUUUCCACAAAUAAGAUCAGAGAUGGAUGCAGAAAAAGUUCACAUUUGAUAGUGAUAAAAUAAUUUCAAUGAAGAUAUUAUUUCACGACACACAGGUACUUCCUUACCAAGUCUCCAUUAAAUUUUCGAAAACUUUUGCUACGGGGACAACACUUGGUAAAAGCCAAGCAGCAAAAGGGAAGAAAUGCAGAAGGGAGGGUAUAGAAAUGGAAAGAAAAGAAAGCUAUUGGUUUUGCAGUCGAACAUUCCUCAACGGCCACCUUUGGACAGAAAAAAGUGGCCGUUGUUAGAGAGGUUUAAAUAAGAGUCACUGUAUGGACUGUCCACUAAAAAAGUGGCCGUUGUAGGGAGGUGGCCGUUAGUGGAAGUUCGACUAUAUUUUUAUUUUUAGGUGGUGAAAGAAGAAGACAUAAGGGACUUUUUUGACUCGUUACAAUCCCGCAAGAGGCAACGAGUUGGCAGUGCAAACUCAGUCCAAUACAGCUGCCGAUAAUUAAUACCUAUAAAGUUUAAUAUUCUCAGUACUGAGAUAUUCGUGCCAUAGACGAAGUAAAAUAUACAUUAAGUACAAGAAUAGAAUAAAUCGUUAUUGUGCUGCAAGAGAAAAACGUUGCGCUGGCAUGGUACCUACCUCAGUCACUUCAGUACCUGUUCAGAAGAGUCUGCCGGGGACUGGCUGCCGGUGAGACUCACUAGUGCAAAACAUGUAUUGGAUAUGAUCACGAACAACUGAUGCUGCUCAGUAUUAUGUGGUGCGAGUAACAGUCCACCGGGGACUGGCUGCCAGUGAGACUUACUAACUAGUGCAAAACAUGUAUUUGAUAUGACCACGAACAACUGAUGCUGCUCAGUAUCAUGUGGUGCGAGUAACAGUCCACCGGGGACUGGCUGCCAGUGAGACUUACUAACUAGUGUAAAACAUGUAUUUGAUAUGUCCAAGAACAACUGACACAGGCUCAGUAUUAUGUCCUCUGAUGUCGUGCCAAUAAACAUAAUGUACUAACCCCCGGGAUACCCUCGGGAACCCUUUGUCAGUUGGUCUAGCUUUCUACCUUAUAACCCGUAACAAACCGUCUCGGAUCGUUCUUUAUAUCAGAAAGCCUUGAACAGACUGAUAAGAGAGUCAAGUAAAGUUUUUGAUAAGUCGAAAGAACCAGUCAGUCUCAAGUCAGUAAUUUUCCAUUCAGUUUCUAUAUAACGCGUAAGCGAUUCAGUGCCGGCUUUACACUUUCUGAAUGAUACAGCGUUUGGUACUCGGUUAUGAUGAUGGUUAUCAUGUUUUGCACAAAUUUUCAGUUCUAAUGUCUACUCUGAGAGGCCAAUUAGUUCAACACGAAUUUGCGUUAGAUGUCCGCUCUCUAUAUUUCCAUAAGUGUUUGUUUGUUUGUUUUUGUUGUUCGUGCAUUAUUUUAUCUUUCCAUCUGUCUUUCCAUCAAGAUCCAUCAACCAAGGUGGUCGUAACUUCUCUAAAGACUCUCUCAUGACAUAAAUUGUUAUAGAAUAUAAGUACGAAUUGUAAGAUGUAUUUGAAGCAAUAAAGUUGAAGUCAUAGUUUUGCUGCAUAUUUAUUCUAAUGUUCUUCAUUUCGCCUUAGCUGAGCAGGAGAUAGUGUUUAUACGCCCCGUGUAAUCCUCGAAGACCAGCCGACUUUCAUGGUCGAUUCAUAAAUUACCAGCAAUCGUAUCAACCGUUGAGUGUAAUGUAAAUUGGUCACUGUGGAGAAACAGAUUACCUUUGUGACUAGUUAAUGUCAUCCUUUCAGUUUAUGCAAUAAAUUGUUCAGAUUGUUAUCCAUGAAGCUGCCUAAUUCUUCGAUCAUGCAGUCAAAUACAUAUCCGACUCUGUCUGAGGGCCAGUUAAAACUUUGUUAUCUUAUUACAAACCAUCUCAGUCAUACUUCUAGUUUUAAGCCUUCAGUUGGAAUACGAAAAUAUUUUUUACCAGCCUUUCCUUUUUAUCUGGAAUGAGUAAUAGGUGAAUAGCGUUAUUGGCCGUUGAUUUUCCCUAAAACUGUCAGCAGGUUUUCAGUGUAUAAAUCUGGCAGGAUUGGGUUGAGGUUAGAGGUAUCUGUGCAAAGAUCAGCCUACGUAGCAGGCGCUUUUAAGUAUUAUGCCUGGAGCGCCAUGUUCUUUCUUGCGCCCAUAUUACUUGUAAGCGCCUGCUAGGAUUCGGCUGUGAUGAUUUUCUCUUUCAUGCCAUAUUUGGUAGCUAAGAUUUUUUCACACCACCGGUGAUAACCUCUAUGUUUAUGUUACGUCCUUUUUAUUAUCUUCUGUCUACACUUCCCGUGGUUUUAUUAAUCUAUCAUUUCACAGUAAUUCUAGAUAAUAAUGUUCGAAUUAGCCAGAGUAAAACUUCUGGCCCCAGUUGUUCAAAAGGUGGAUACCCCUAUGCGCUGGAUCAACUCUCUAUCUAGUGGAUAACACAAUUGGUUUUCCUAACACUUAUCUGCUGGAUAGGGAUUUAUACAGGCCCAGCUGUUUGAACCCCAGUUAGCGCUAACCCAGGGUUAAACUUUAACCUGGGGUUCAUUUUCUUUUUAUCAAAAGCACUCUCGGAUAAUCUUCUCUAUUCUUUUUAGAGUAUCCAAUCAUCGCAUUAACCCUGGGUACCCCGGUGGAUACACUAUCCAGCGGGCCCAGCGAUGACUGGGCUAACAAAUUGCGUCACAAAUGCUACACAUGACGAGGACGACUAUGAGCGCGAGAUUUGGUUUAAAGUUGUUUCGCGUAUUCUCAAAAUAUAGACUUCCCGGAAAGCGUCAUUUGACCAUUUUUCACUCGAAAAGUUAGCACUGUUAUUUUCAGUGAAGGAGGUUACGUGCUCUCCCGAUCGCAAAAUUAUAUAACUUCUAACAUUUGAUAUCUUGUUUUCGCCACCACGACAUUCGCGCUAAAACUCGUAGUAGAAUGACGACGGCUACCACGUUUUCCCACAUGUCUAUAUCAUCCUUAGAGCUGGCCAUGGAAGGUGCAAUUUGUCUUCCAAAUUAUCCUGAAAUUCAAAAGCAAGUUUAUUUUUUAGUUUGUCGGAAAACAUUAGUGUUUUGCGCUAGCUAUUCACUGAUGUCGUAAGAGCUAAAGUCAAGUUUCAAAGCAAGUGCGAGAAGACAAUUGCUCUUCAAGAUCCCUCCUUUAAAUAUUCAUCUGGAUUUAAUUUAGCGUGAAAAUUUAAAAUGUACUUUAUAAGUUAAAUUUGUUAAUUAACUUAACAACAGCAGAAGGCAUAAGAAAGGUGAGUGGACCACCAGGUAAGUGAAUGUUAGUUUCUAAACAGCAGUGGGAUAUUAAAUCACCCGAAAUUUUUAUUUGUCAACUCAGUGGCGGAUUGACCUUCAGAAAAGGGGGGGGUGGGGGCGGUCAUCCAGAUCCUGAGAUAAGGUGGGGUGAGGCAGUCUCCCCCCAAACAAUUUUUCAACUCUUUGUCCUCAGUUUGCUCUAAAAUUACGGGGGGGCGGGCCCCCCGGCCCCUCCCCUAGAUCCGCCACUUCAACUGAACAACUGAGGUGAAUUUAAAACCAAAUAAGGGUGUUACAAAGUUGGCAUUUUGACAGCUAGCCAUUCGCCAAAUCAAAUCCUUUGACCACUGAAGGCAAAUGUUUAUUUUACUUACUAAAGAUCAAUGCUACGACUCUUAUUUAGUUGAUGCUCCAGUAAUAAGAUCAAAGUUGCUCAAUGGUUACAAAACAAGUCAUGAGAGACUGCCUUAGCAAUAGUGUAAUUAACCUGUUAAAAACAUCCUUGAUUUUUGCUUUAAUAUGUGCAUAAUACAGGUAAAGUAGUUCGAUGACACCCAUUAUUGCAAUCAGCAUGUCAGGUUUCAAUUUUUCGCAAACUUUCCGAAAGAUUCCAACUUGAAGGUUCAUAGCUACGUUACUGGCUACGAACCCACUUUUAAAUGGUUUUGUUUACUAUGUGAAAAUUUGUUCUUGAAAAUUUCAUUGCGAUUUAUUAACACAGUGGGACUCAUGAUCAUUGAACUCGUGUUUGAGUUACAAGCAUAUAUACAGUUUAAAAAAAGACAAGAUAAUAACAGGUUAUGACGCUGCUUUACUCACUUUUGCUGAAAAAAAAAAAAAAACUCGAUCACCAUUACUUUUCAACUUAUAGUUGAGCAUUUUUCAAGUACUAUCAUUGUAGUAUCAACUAAAAUAGAUUUGACAAUGCCAACUUUGUAAAGUCUUUCAAAGUGGUUUUGAAUUCUCCUUAGUAGCUCGGUUGACAAAUGAAAACCUUGGGUCAUAGGCCUUCUUCAAAUAACAUAAUAAUCUUUGUUGUAAUUCCAAAAUUUUGCAUAAGCAUUGCUUUCAAUUUCUCUUGGGGCUUACAAUCGCCCCAAGAGAAAUUGCAAACAAUGCUUUUACAAAAUUUUGGAGUUACAACAGAAUAUUAUAUUGUUUUUUUAAAAAGUCCAGUUUAGUUAAGGUCCUUUUUAGUUAAGGGGGUCGGGGACUAAGGGUGGGACUCGACAGGGGCGGCGCUACCUCGGGGGACUAACAACAACAACAACAACAACACUUUAUUUCACCCCAUAAUAUACAAGAAAUAAAAAUUUAUAACAAUAGUACAGACGAUGAUAGGGGCGCUGGCUGCCCGAAAUAACCUAAGAGUUAAAAAUGCCAGGCAGGGAAGGGAAUAGAAUUGAAUAGCAUAAUUCGUUAUUUAAACACAGUAAAAUUCAUCAGGAGUAUAUAUAUAUAUGUAAAAUAAGUAAAUAAAUAAACCUAACUAUCCUAAACAAUAUGCAAAACUAUCUACAACUAAUAUAAGUAAGACCUAAAACACUUGUGAAGGCAAAACCACAACGACAAACCAUUGAGGGUCCGCUGGAUCUUUAGUAGACCUGGAUCAGUAAAAUCUUGAGUACCAAAUUUUAAAUUUAACACAGUGAACUGAUCCUUACGGAAGGAAGAGUGACAGAAAUAAUAAGAAACAUGCGUAUACUUUCGUUUUGUGACAGUUAACGUAUUUGUCAAUUAAUGUUCGUAGUGUAAGAACAUGGUCAGCGGUUCGAUUAUUUGCUAAGAAACCUAUUUGAGAUUUAUGAAGUAUGUUACGCGACUGAAUGUGCUUGAGAAGUCUAUGAUUGAGAAUUGAGCAAAAUAGUUUCCCAAGACAACUAGAAAUACAAAUUCCUCGAUAAUUUGAGGGAUCACUUUUAGUCCCACUUUUAAAAAUUGGUGUUAUAAGGCCACCGCACCAUGUUUGAGGCAUAGUGCCUGACGUCAGAACAGCGUUAAAUAACUUCAAAUAAAUAGGCAUUAGUUCAUUUAAGCUGGAUUUGAUCAUUUCAUUUUUUAUUCUAUCUGAAUACGAAGAUUUGUUGUUUUUGAGUUUGUUAGCCGCUGUGCGUAUUUCGAGUUCAGUUAUUAGGUAGUCCAAGGCAUGUGAUUGUGUUGUUGCGUCUUCUAAUCUUGUUAACUUGUAAGCAGUUAUUUGCAGGUCUCGUGGUGGGCUGUCGGCAAGGAAAAGGAAGAAAAAUUUGCAACGAAUGAUAAUUUGCUUGUGGCGUUUUUAAUUUCCUGCUUCUUGAUUUCAAAUCAUUAGAAACUGAUUCCAAAUUGAUGGAUCGUUUGUUCAAAUAGCUUUCCUUUUUAGCGUUAUCCAUGAUCCUUGGGUGACCUGUGACGAUGGUUUACAUUUGUUUCUAUAGCAACAUUUUUGCACGCAAGCUCAGUGGAAGAAAGAACAAACAAUAACUAAUGGAGAGCAUUAUCGGCAUUUCCAAAUUUAAGUGAUAACUUUAUCAUUUUUACGCCUUCCCCUAACGGUUUCUGUGGGCAAUAUACACAAUAUUUUGACAAACAAUGAACCUGUAGAUUCGCGGGAAAGCUAUGCAGAGUAAGAGCAGAGAUGGAAGGUUUUUCUGUGACGUGCUUUACGGCGUUCGAAGCGCGUGUUUGUUCCUCAAUAUGUGUAAUGAUGGUUUUCUUUUUCUCCUAAAGAAUACCGUAUCCUUGGGAAGAAAGGAGAGGGAACUUUCUCGGAAGUCCUAAAAGUUCAGGACGUUCGAGAUGGGAAUUAUUUUGCUUGCAAGAAGAUGAAACAGCGGUAUGAAAGGUGAGAAUGUCAAUCCUGUUUGAUCAGAGUAAGCGCGUUGAUUUCUUGUGUUUUCGCUAAACUGUGUGCUGUCAUACGUGAAAGGUCUGUGUUUUUCACUUGAUGUACAUUACAACUGGAGUGUUCUUUCUUUUUUGAUUUCAGUAUCGACCAAGUUAAUAAUCUGAGAGAAAUUCAAGCUAUGAGGCGGUUAAAUCCCCAUGGAAAUGUCAUUGAACUGAAAGAGAUUAUUUUGUAAGUAGCUACUAAAGCUUAGCAUAAACGCUUAAUUCUUAGUUGAAAGUGAAUAUAAUCUCAUCCGUCCGUCCGGAUAUUGAUAACCUUUUUCAUCAUUAAAUCAAUUAUUAACGAGGUUAAUAUAUCUAGACAGAAUUGUUCAUUUCAAACCUUUUUUGUUUUGCCGCAAAGGUUAUGCUUAAGUGUCAUGCAGUGUUAAUAAAUUCUGCUGUAAAAUUAAAACUGCAAUCAUUUAUUGCUCCCUAAAAGUAAAACAUAUUUAAAGCAGGCGGUGUUUGUUUGUUUACUUUAUUCACUUGUUUACAUUUUUGCCUUAGGCAGGUGUGACAUCAAUAAGUCAUGGUUAUGAUCCCACUUCCAUCUAAUCACUUUCUGCUUUUAAAAAUUGCUAUUUAACUUGAGAACAGUAUUAACCUUUUUACCCUCAAUUUAUUGACUCAUAAAUAUGCCUUGGUAUGUUGUACAUGACAUCUUUAAGAGUAGCUGCUUUGUUGCAAUAGUUUAUUGGUGGGGUAUAUCUUGCUGUGAAAUAAAAACACUAAUUUAACAUGUUUUUUACCCUUUCAACAUUCAGUGACAAAGGAAAUGGAAAGUUGGCAUUAAUAUGUGAACUGAUGGACAUGAAUUUAUAUGAAAUGAUUCGAGGUAUGGAAGCAUUGUACAAUAUUGUUAACAUGCUGUUUUGCAUGUCAUUUGCGACAUAAGCAUAUAUCCAUUGCAUUUGCUUGCCAGAAUUUUUUCAUUUGCUUUCAAGCUUAAAAGCAACCAUAAAUUCCAACAAGGAAAUGCACCAAGUGAAUUCACCCGAUGUCAAUUGUUUAGUGUAAGCUAGUUUAAUGCAGGAUCUAUUAUGUUCAGAGAAGAGCAUAAAAUCCUAAGUCUUUAUUUUUGCCUUUAGGACGACGGCAUUAUUUACCUGAAGCCAGAGUUAAGCAAUACAUGUAUCAGCUCUGUAAAUCAAUAGAUCACAUGCAUAGGUAGGUGGUUUUUUGCGAGCUGCAUGAGAUUAGGACUGCUUAUUAUAGUCACUCACUGACUUGCCCUGCGACUAAAUUUACUAUGAAAAUUACAGUUUUGGGUACAUUUUGUGGUAUCCUUUGCAUGGUUACAUGAAAUUUUCUUGUGUUACAUGGACAAGAACUCAUAAUGACAAAUGAACCAUAUUGUCCUUUCUCUUUUUAAUCUAAGAGGUUGGACCGUCCCUUACAAUAUUCAACUCCACAAAAAGUCAACGGGGCCAUAAUUUUAUGUGACAAAUUGAGCAAAUUUAAAUAGUCACAUUGUUGCCUGUUUGCAAACAUCUCCUAUUUUCUUUGUUUCUAUGUCUGUAGAUGAAUUAAAGGACAUAAAUUCACUUUACUGUUGAUUUGUUCACUGUCAUUACGAUCCCAAAAUAUGUGCAAGAAACUAGUCAGAAUAAUGUGUAAUUUUUAAGAUUCAUUAAUGUGAUUUAAUUAAUAUCUUUUUUCAGGAAUGGAAUAUUUCAUCGUGAUGUGAAGCCAGAAAAUAUUUUGAUCAAGGUAUGUUUAUUGUUCUCUAAAUUGUUGUCGUUGUUUUUAUAGCAAUAACAACCAGUGAUUUAAGAAUGAGAACAGAGCACUAUCAUGACAGUUCUGAGUGCAUUUAGAUGUAUGGAUUUUUUUAGGAGUAAACUUGCAUAGUAAGAGCUUGUUUAACUUAAAACCAAAUUUCACCUACAUAAUUAUUCGUAAUUUCUGAAGUGUUUCAUCUGAAAUAAGUAAAAAUCUAUGCUUUUUGACAUUUUAUUUUAAGGACGAUGUUGUGAAACUUGCUGACUUUGGCUCAUGUCGAGGUGUUUACUCAAAGCAACCAUACACAGAGUAUAUAUCAACACGAUGGUAUGUUGGGGUGUAUUCAUGAUCAUUCACUGUAUAACCUUAUCUUUUAACAUCCUGAUUAUCUUGUUUUCUGUUAUUAAGUCUUUUGCAAAGUUGUUGGCCCUCAGUUGACUGUGUAGCAUAUAUAUAUAGCUUAAAUAGUAUGAAAAUCAUGAAUUAAUAUCAUAACAAAUAGUGUGAUCAUAGUGAGUAAACUAUAAGGAAAUGUUAGGUUCAGUAAAGACAGGCUUUUCUCUUUAAUUUUUUUUGGUAUGAAUGUGUUUAGUAUUAUUUUAUCAAAUAAUCCAUAUAAUAAUAUUGGGUUGACCAAUCACUUUUUUCAAGGCUUUGUCACUUACUUUCUUGCAAAACACAGAUUCUGUUGAUAGAACUCAAUUUAGUACUGUAGAUGAAAGAUUGUAAAAACAACCUUUUGAAGCACUAGCCUUUUAUCAGAGCAAAUUGCUUAGCUACAUGAGGAAUAGGCUAGGACUUGUGCAGGGACUGAAAUUGUGCCUUGCCUGUCUCCAAUGUGAAUAAAAGUUUAAUGAUGGCAACCAGAAUUCCACAACUGUUCACCAGCGGGUGACUUACCAUAUUACACUUUUAUCUGCAUUGUUAUAGUUCACUUUAACGUUCAAAGAAACUGAUUAAAAAUAUGAUUUAGUGGCUUUCACCGACAAAUGUCUUACUUUUUUAACUUGUUGAUGUUUUUUGAAAAACUGAAACAAGUCUUCCUCUGAAACUACCUCCACAAGAGCAGAGAGCAAUUAUGCAAUGCAGUUUAUCUCAGAAAUAUGCACUGGUGCUGAUGAUACCAUGUGCUUUGAAUAUUCAUUCAGGCAAGGUGUCUGUGAAGACACUUCAAUCUUUUUCUGAUAUUAAAUUCGUAAUUCAUUGCAAAGUGGAGACGAAAAAUUAGAGCUACCAAGAAUUUUGUGGAACAUGUGGACACUUUUUGGGCCAUGAAAAGUGGAACUGUAGAUCUUUUGAAGUGUGCUAAAGAUGAUCUACUGUAGGCUGGGUAAUUUUUUGCUUAAAAAGGUAAUUAUUUGUUUUGUUAAAACGAAACGGGAAAUGUUAUUAUACACGUACGUUCCUUUCUGAUGACCAGAGUGGGGCUCUUUUUGAACAUAAAAAUGUCUAAAACAUGCUUUUUUACAUUGUAUUAUACAAUAAAAUUUUUAGCGACCACAAUUUGCCAUCUGGUGACUGAAAACUCAUAUUUAGUCGCCAGUUGAAAACAUCAAAAAAAGUUAAUUUCAGACGCUGAGUCUUGAUGGGAGAAAUAUUAGCGUUAAAUCUUUUUAUAGAUUUGAAAUAAACUGACGUCCACAAUUUGUUUUGAAUCUAACCCUUUCAUUCAUGUGUUUUCUUGUGGAUACAGAAUAUCUAAUUUUAUGAUCUUUGUAGGUAUCGUGCUCCAGAAUGUUUGUUGACAGAUGGUUAUUAUACCCACAAGAUGGACAUGUGGAGUGUGGGCUGUGUUUUCUUUGAAAUAUUAAGGUAAAAUAAAGUAGAGAGUUUUUAGUUCUUUAUGAUCUUAAGGAGGUAACUAUUUUCAUUUUUUUUUUACUUUCUUUUGACUCCCUACAGCUUACACCCAUUAUUUCCUGGUUCAAAUGAAGUUGAUCAGAUUGCUAGAAUUCAUGAUGUCCUAGGUACUCCAUCAUCAAGCAUUCUGAAGAAAUUACAAAAGUGAGUGAGUUUUAUAUAUGCUGCUAAUCGUGAUUGAUUUAGUCAUUUCACUGUUAAUUCUUGUAUUUCGUAUAUAUUUUAUUAAUAGUAAGGAUGUUAGACCUACAUGUAACUGUAUAUAUUUUCCAUCGUUUUAAGUUUAUAGAAAUGAUGUCACUGUAAUGAUAGUAGACACUCCCCUAUUUUUCCAUAAGAUUGUCGUAAUCGAGCACUUUGCGUUACAAGCAGCCAUCUUGGAUGAGUGUCAAAACUACUUAGGGGGUGGGGGUGGUUUGGGAGGAAGUGAGAAAAAUAGAGAGGCAGUCCUAACAUCACUGCGGCUCACGUUCAAGGAGUGUGUUGUACCAGCAACGCAGGCGUUUGAUUCGUCAUUAGACAAUAGAUGUUAAUUUGCAUUGACAACAGGUUUAGUUUAAGUUGCUGACAUGACAAGUCAUUGACAAGCCGUUGUGUCUAUAAAAUGUAUGCUUUCAUAAUACCUGUUCACCCAACUAUUUUUUACUUUUGGAUCUUCACCAUUACUGGGGAAGGAAGUUAUUUCCCGUUGGCGUGGAGUAGGGCAGAAUCUUAUAAAUUGACAUUUUAUGGAGGAGGGCGACAUAAAACCGUUUGGCCAUUUGAAAUGCCAAUUAUUGCUACUUUCCUCGCAGGUAUUGUUUUCAAAACUCAAUGCUAUUACAAAUUUGCCAGGCACAUCUUGUGCAAACACAUGAUGGAUUUUUGGUAUUUUGAGGAUGAUUAUCACGUAAGCCAACAUGCUUUUGAAGUAGCCCAGCCAGAGGAAUGUUGUAGCACAGUUUCUGCCAAACGAAUUGAAAUUAACGCUACAAAGAUGCAGAAAAGACGACCCAUGUCAGAAAAGCCUGGCCUUUGUCUGGAGGUUUAACCAUUUUAAUGUAUUGAAGCAAGCAUGCUUGCUGCUUUGAUGAAAAAUAGGAAAAUGUUUCAACUGUGCAUGUUUGCCAAUUUUACUUGGAGGAAUGUCCCAGAAACUGUAUGAAAUCACAUUUUCGAAACGAGAUGUUUGUAACAUGCGAAAGCGAUGCUACAUGUUUCUGGCAUGUUGGCAUCUUAUGGAAAAAAGGGGACUGUGAACUGUCUAUAAUGAUAAUGACUAAUAAUGACAUAUCUAUUCGGUCUUUCAGUAAAUCACGCAGCAUGAACUUCAACUUUCCACAAAAGUCAGGGACAGGAAUAAGAGUACUUCUGCCACAUGUGACUUCAGAGUGUGUUGAUCUUAUAGAACAAAUGUGUGCUUAUGAUCCUGAUGAAAGGUAAUGAAUUAGAAAUUAAUUAAUCUUCUCAAUCUUAAGUGCAACUUAUUUAGAAACUGAUAAUACAAUUUUGGGACGUUUUAAAAUGUGACUCAUUUCCUUCACAAUUGGGAAAUUUCCCUUUUUGCUGCCAUUAUUUCUGGCUAUAGAGGCAAGACUUCAAAUAAAACUUCUGAUGCUUAUCUUAGCAAGGAAGUAUUGAGCUGAGCUGGCAGUUAGUGCAAUCUCAAAUGAUCCCCAAAUGAUAUAAUGGUGAGGUAAAAUUUACAGUUUCAAGUUGGAAUUGUUUUUCUUACCUUCUUUUUGUAGAAUAUCAGCCAAACAGGCCCUGAGACAUCCCUAUUUUAAACAACUCAGGUUUGUAUCAAUGCAGGCUGUUCAGCAAUUAUUGAAAUAAUAAUUUGUUACCUUCUCAGCAAGCUAGGUUGAAAGGUACAUGUAUUUCAGAAAUAAAUGCAAACAAAUAUAAAAAACUAGGCUGGAUUAAAAAAUGGAACUCAUGGCAGGAGGCAAGUUAUUUAUAGCUGUUUACAAACAUAGAUUAAGAAACAAAUUCAGCUUGUGGUCAUAGUAGGACUGAUUGGAGCCGCAGGGACGUCCUCAAGAUUGUGAAUCUGACAUGUUGACCACUCAGCUAUAAGCCUCGAAACAUUUUUUUUUUGUCUUUCAGGGAACAAGACAAGAGGCAAGCUGCUAACACAAGGUUGUCAUCACCUUCUGAGGCUUCCAUCAUUUCAAAACAGCAUAGGAUAGCAAAGAAAAAGGUGGGUAUGAAUAUUAUUAAAGUACAUGAAUAAAUAUUUGUUAAACUACCGCUAGUCAAUCAAAUUUUGUCAGGUGCAGCGGUUUGCAUUCAUUAUUAUUCAGUUACAGGAACAUAUUUGUAUGGUUAUUAAAGGAACAUAAUGAAUAAUUUUUUUAAAAUUUUGUUAACUUAUUACUGUAAAUUUAUUCCUUGAUUUUCUUUCCUUUAGAGAAAACAUGUGAUAGGACGAAGUCAUGCACAUUCACCCAGUGAGGUAAACUUACACAUGUGCUCUUUACUACAAAAAAUAUUUUUAGAAAAGCCUGGAUUAAGGGAAGUGUUAGUCCAACAAAUUAUUAGUGAAAAAAAUUCAAUGGGUAGUCUGCUCUUUCAGUAUUGUUUAAAACUACUAUCAAUAUAUGUUGCUAAACGUCCCUGAUCUCAUGUUGUAUGAAUAACUUGAAGAUCUACUCCAGUUAUGCCAUAUAAAUGUUCAUAAUUUUUAAGUGUCUAAUAUGUUUUUUUAGUCUGUUGUUUCCAAAGAUGAAGGAUAUGGUGGCAUAACAGCAGCAGGUGGCAAAGUUGGAUAUGGUCAAUCCACAUUACCAGCUUUAGGUAUAGGAUACAACAAGCACAGCACAUAUGGCACUACACUUCCAAAAAUACCUGUGGCAACAACAACAACACAUAAAACAACUUUCCCAACAUCUUUUCCUUCCAUCAUCAACCAGGAGAAAAAUAAAGUCAAGGUAUUAUACUUAUCAUGAGCAAGUUAUAAAAGUAUUGAAGGAAUAACCUUAAAUGCACUUCAAAUGGCAAAGGGAAAAACAGUUUAGCAAUUGCAUGCAUAUUUGCUGCAAAAUAGCUAUAGCUUUCGGACUGCUUGUUAAUGGCGAAAAAGCCCUCUGCAGGGUGUAUCUGGUACAGGUCAAAAUUAAAUUCAGAUUGAAAUUUUCAACCUACAGUGAUUGAAUCUCAAUAUUAUUCCUUUGUUUGCUAGCCCUAGUUAUUCAUUAAUUAGGCCUAGAGUGAAAGGAAAUUGAGAAUCAACUGACGUUAAAAAUUCUAACCUGAAUAUAAUUUCAACCUGUCACAUAUCCACGUCCUUAUCAGGGAUGGCAUGCCUGCAGGCCUACUGAGCUGCAGGACAGUGGCAUGAGUAUGGUGUUUUUGUCUCUUUGACCUAAACAGCAGCUUGUACAAUCUUUGUAAAUUUUCUUAGAGAAGGAGCAGAGCAUGUAUUAAUUUUUGUCUGUUGUUCUAAACAAGGUUCUAAUUAACAGACCUUAUUAGUACAGUUUCUAUGACCAAAUUAAAUGUUAACACAUGAAUUACCUCAUAGAUAACUCUCAAUAAUUAGUGUUCUUUAAUUUAUAUUUUUUAGAAUCAAGCAAGCCAAAACUUUGGUCCUUAUACUUUGCCUGCAAUUGAUAAUCAUUCAAAACGAGGUGGUGGUCAUGGUUUCUGAUGAAGAGACAAGUUUUCCAUAGACUUACUUGGUCCUCAAAGUCAUCCCUCAAGGAAGCAAGGGCUUCUAUCAUAACUCUGUUGUCCAACAGCUGACAGCUCUUCCAAAGACUUAACUCUUCAAAAUAGAAUAUUGAAAAAAUUUAUUGUAGGGCAUGGAGUUUGUAAGAUAAGUAAAGUGAAGUGUGAAGUUUCUGAAGAAGCCUUCUCUGCAACAUUCAUUCAUUAUCACAAUUUGUGGGAAACUCCUUGUCAUAAUAUAAGUUUGCAAGACAGUUAUGGGGUAGAUUACAUUUAAAUGGCAUUCAAAAACAGUGUAAUGAAUUUUGCAGAAAACCUGGGUUUUCUUAGCAUGAUGUUCUCAAAUAAUAUCACUUGUUUUUUUAACCAAAAUCGAGUCUGAUUCAAAACCAUUAGAACUAUUUUACAUAAAUUUGUAGAUGGAAAGUCUGUUUCAUUGUUUUAAAUAGGAUCUUUUAAAAUUCAACCUAUUAAAAUAGACAGAAAUAUCUCAAGCAGUGUAUAGUGUACAGUUACACACCAGUCAGUUGAAAAUUAUCUCACAAAUUAUUCAUUUCUAGUAAGUUUUGUUUCAUUGAUUCAGUUUUAGGUCUCUUUUACGGUUUCGUACGUUAUUUAUUUUUGACACAUUUUAUUAGAAGAAAUAAGUGCCUUUUUGAAUAAAUGAUAUUGUACAUAAGAUAUUUUUAUGAAGGAGGAAAUAUUUUUAUCUGUCAUUAUAUUGUUGGGUAACAAUAUUGAUUANAGUUUGUAAGAUAAGUAAAGUGAAGUGUGAAGUUUCUGAAGAAGCCUUCUCUGCAACAUUCAUUCAUUAUCACAAUUUGUGGGAAACUCCUUGUCAUAAUAUAAGUUUGCAAGACAGUUAUGGGGUAGAUUACAUUUAAAUGGCAUUCAAAAACAGUGUAAUGAAUUUUGCAGAAAACCUGGGUUUUCUUAGCAUGAUGUUCUCAAAUAAUAUCACUUGUUUUUUUAACCAAAAUCGAGUCUGAUUCAAAACCAUUAGAACUAUUUUACAUAAAUUUGUAGAUGGAAAGUCUGUUUCAUUGUUUUAAAUAGGAUCUUUUAAAAUUCAACCUAUUAAAAUAGACAGAAAUAUCUCAAGCAGUGUAUAGUGUACAGUUACACACCAGUCAGUUGAAAAUUAUCUCACAAAUUAUUCAUUUCUAGUAAGUUUUGUUUCAUUGAUUCAGUUUUAGGUCUCUUUUACGGUUUCGUACGUUAUUUAUUUUUGACACAUUUUAUUAGAAGAAAUAAGUGCCUUUUUGAAUAAAUGAUAUUGUACAUAAGAUAUUUUUAUGAAGGAGGAAAUAUUUUUAUCUGUCAUUAUAUUGUUGGGUAACAAUAUUGAUUACACUAAGGUAGCAGUAGGUACCGGUAAAAAUUGAGGAAACAUCAGCUAACUCCUAACAAGAACUUUUUAUUUUUCUAACUCAGUCAUAUUCGUUCUCUAGUUAUGCAAACUAAAUUUAGUUAGUUGUCCUCAUUCAUGACAUUUAACAGGAGAUCAAGCUUGUUCCUUUGCUGGUACUUUAUGAUUGCUUUGGAUUUGUUUUCCUCACUCUGUGAUAGUAAUUUUUUAAAAAAUUAAUUAAACAUGUCAGAAUAAUCAAGGAGAAAAAUAUAUAUUUCCCUGCCCUUCUUUUCAGGUUGUUGUUGGUUCCUUGAUGCUAAGCUGAUGAUCUUAGUUUUGAACAUUUUGUUUCAUUGAUUCAUACUGUAUUGAACUGGAAUAAAAAAAGCUAAUUCUGAACUUUAAAUAGACCUCUCUAUUCUUGAAAACCUUUUUUGACCAGGAUGCAUGCAUGGAUUUGCAUUUAAGAAGUUGAAUUUAUUUUAGAAAGGUGUAGAUAUUUACUUGAAACCAAAGGUUGAAACAUUCUCCUCAUUAGAUCAGAUGGUAGACAUACAAUAUCUUGUUAUGUGUAACUUAUUUUGUGACUGAUUUUUGUAGCGAUAAUACGACAAAGUGGAUGGUAGAGACCCAGUCAUUAAAAAUGUAAUAAAUGUGUGAUCAUUCAUGGCGAGAAAAAUCAAUAAAAGAAGUGUGUAUUAUAUAAAGAGCUUUGUUAACAGUGUGUGGCUGAGUGAUGCUGCGAUAGCAUUAUUUACAUAUUUGCAACAUUAUCAUUGUGCCGGGUCAUUGUGUCACAAGAAAAGGACAAAAUGAUAAUGUUGAAUCCUGCCGAGUUGUUUUUCUUUUGUUCU